CUCAUCUGAGAAAAGAAGAAAAAAAAAACAAAAUGAAGUGAUUGUUCCUGUUCUCUUUCUUAAGUCAUUUGGAACGCUGUCCCUCCACGUUUUCUAAAUGCACUGCAGCUGCCACACGAGAAGUGACAACUUUGCCAAUUAGGGAGCAAUUACAAGCAUUGGGUUACUACCACUGUCGGGUCAGCACCUGCCUUCUAUUGGGGGUAUAGCUCCCAUUCAGCAAUUAAAGGAUCCCAUACAGAGGAAGAUUAUUCAAAGGAAUGAUAUGCAAAGAAGACAUAAUAAAGGACACAGAUGUCUGGAGCUCAUGCAGAUACAUUUAAAGACCAUUUGUCCCAAAGGUGAUGAUUUAACGAAGCUAGAUCAUCCAGGAGAACUUCAGUGCAAUGAAGAAAGAGGACACACAUUGCAAGAUGGACAAUAUACAAGCCUUUUCCUUUGCUCAUUGCUUGGAUCCUAUUGUAAAUACCAAUGUAGCUCCACCCCUCAGUGAGGAAUUCAGGACACAGCUUGCCCAAUUUGGAUACAGCCCUCCCACAGACUUAGAAAACUUCAAAAGCUCUUUGGAAGGGGGAUCUCGUAAACGUAAAAGCAUGCCAAUGAAAAUGCUUUCCACUCUCCCUCCAGGAGAUCCCACAUCUCCAUUGGACAAAGCUGAAGAAAAUGUUGAUGGAGGUUCUCCCAGCCUCCCUUCAAUAUUUCAGCAUGAAUCCACACAGCCAAAGUACAAUGCUCACAUGAUUGACCUCUGCAACCUUGGUUAUCACUUUUACAGGACUCUGGAACACUUUGGGACACAGCAUAUCAAAGAAGAACCAAUAAAGCCCAAAGUUCUAUGGCCUGGCCCUACCACUUUUCUGCAGGCUCCCUAUUCAUACUAUCCCAAAAUUCAUCCUACUCUAAUGUUUCCUUUUAUGAUGCCCCCAGAUUUGCAUUUUAGAAAUCCUUUCCCAUUAAAAAGAUCCCUGGAGCCACCCUUCAAAAGGGUUGAGUUAAGUGAGCAAGCUGAAAAGAAGCAAAAGGUGGAAAGAGUAGAUGUUAAUAUUCAGAUCGAUGACAGCUAUUACAUUGAUGUAGGAGGGGAGCAGAAACGUUGGCAGUGCCCUAUGUGUGACAAGUCUUACACAUCCAAAUACAACUUGGUCACUCACAUUUUGGGACACAGUGGCAUCAAACCCCACGCUUGCUCCCGGUGUGGCAAACUUUUCAAGCAGCUAAGCCAUCUCCAUACUCAUAUGCUGACUCAUCAAGGCACUCGACCUCAUAAGUGCCAAGUGUGUCACAAGGCCUUUACCCAAACAAGUCACCUGAAGAGACACAUGAUGCAGCACAGUGACAUUAAACCUUACAGCUGCAGGAUUUGUGGAAGGGGUUUUGCUUAUCCCAGUGAGUUGAAAGCUCAUGAAUCCAAGCAUGAGAGUGGUAGAGAAAAUAUUUGCAUUGAGUGUGGUCUUGACUUCCCAACUUUGUCUCAGCUGAAGAGGCACUUAACCACCCACCGAGGUCCUAUUCAAUACACUUGCACUGAGUGUGACAAGAUAUUCCAGUACCCAAGCCAGUUGCAGAAUCACAUGAUGAAGCACAAGGAUAUUCGUCCGUAUAUUUGCACUGAAUGUGGUAUGGAAUUUGUGCAGCCUCAUCACCUGAAGCAGCACUCCUUGACUCAUAAGGGUGUGAAAGAGCACAAGUGUGGAAUCUGUGGCCGGGAGUUUACACUACUUGCCAAUAUGAAGAGACAUGUCUUAAUUCACACCAAUAUCAGAGCUUACCAAUGCCACCUCUGCUUUAAAAGCUUUGUGCAAAAACAAACUCUCAAAGCCCAUAUGAUUGUCCAUUCAGAUGUCAAACCUUUCAAAUGUAAGCUGUGUGGAAAAGAAUUUAAUCGAAUGCAUAAUUUAAUGGGCCACAUGCACUUGCAUUCUGACAGCAAGCCAUUCAAAUGCCUCUACUGUCCUAGCAAAUUCACCUUGAAGGGGAACCUCACCAGACACAUGAAAGUCAAACAUGGAGUCAUGGAAAGAGGAUUUCGUUCUCAAGGAUUUGCAAGGGAACAACUGAGCAUAUCACAAACGGAUACCUCAAGAAGCCUAGAACAGGAAGAACCUUUUGACCUUUCCCAAAAGAACCACAGGCAAGGACUUUCCUUUCAUUCUGACAGGGAGAUUGCGAAACAAAACACAAGCCAUGAUGAAGAAGACAAUUGCCAGAGGGCAGAGCAGUAUUCCCCUCGCAUGUAUGACAAGGGCAAGAACCCUAACAGACUGCAGGAUCCUCCAGGCGAAACAGAAAAUGAGGUUAAAGAUUUCAGAGAGUCCUACUGUGAUGGAAAAGAGAAAAAGUUCAAUGACACCAUCGAGGACAAACAAGAAAACAGAAGGGAGCAACGCCGGGGAGAGAGAGACUUUGUGAAUCACAAUGAGGAAUAUCACUUCGAAAGUAAUAGAUUCACUCAGUCUCUGUCUGACUAUUUGUAUUUUCAACACAGGAACAAGAGUUUGAAGGAGCUGCUGGAAAGUAAAAUGGAGUCACAAGCUGUUUUUCUGGAGAUCUAAAUGGAUAUCACUGAAUUAUCCUUGGGGAAAUGAAGUGUUUUCAGAGUUUUUGGCUAAGAUGAACUAUAACAUUUACCAAGACUGGUAAAUGAUAGCAACAAUUAUUUAAAAAAUGACAAAAAACCUAGCAAAAAUAAUUUAAGACAAAUAUUCCCUUGUUCCUUCAGGUUUUCUGUUUUUAACAGUAAUAUUUUAGAGAUUAAUCUAAUCUAUCGUUCUCUUCCCAAAACCUUGUCCCAAUAUUUGGACCAGGUCUACAUGUUCAGCAGAACAAAGUGGAAGAAUCCUGAGGUAGUAAGUAUAAUAGAUGGCAUACAAUGUAGUCUUUUUUUUAUGUUUCCCUAUGUGAUAAGUUUUUUCCCAUCACAACUUUUUCCAGGCUACACAAUCCUCAUUUUUGUUGGUAUAUUUAUUUUGCUUGCAGGAAGUGAAGCACCUGUGAAGCAGCCACCUGAAGUGUCUAGUCUCUAACUCAAGAUACCAUCAUUUGCUUCUGCCAGUAGUGUAGCUCACUCCAGGACUUGGUUCCAGGCUCUUAAUAUUCUAUCACACUCAGUGGUGGGAUUCAGCCAGUUCGUACCACUUCGGCAGAACUGGUAGCUAAAUUUUUGUUGCCCAGGCCCAGAAUGGAUCGCUGGAAGCAGCAUCCACACAGAGAACUGGGUGUUCACAUAUUUGAAUCCCACCACUGGUCACACUGUGGCAAGGCCAAGAACUGAUAAGUGGAGCAGAUCUGCCUGAGCAAUAAGAAAUGAGGAAGAACCCUCUUUCUUAUUCCAGACACUGGAAGAAUAGGCUUAGCCUCUUUGUGGUGGUAUCUUCUUUCCUGUUUUUAUACAGUAAUAUUAUUGAGGUUAGUCUUUCCAAACUCUUUUACCAUAACCGGUCUAAGUUAAUAACUACAUGCACUCUGCAGAUAACCAAGGGGUCCCUUGAAGGCCUACUUUUCAUACAAAAGCUGUCAGUUAUAAAAUUGCUCUUUCACUAGAUCCAUAUACUUACCAUGAAAGAAAGAGGAGGGGUUUUUUUCAGUUCUGGAUAAGAUUUUUGGUUUUUUUUUGGGGGGGGGGGAUAAUUCAGUUUCGUAUUGUUUGCCUUUUGGUGGGGCCAGGGGUGGGCCUUUCAGUCUGUGUUGAUUCCUAGCAACUGCCUGGACAAGUCCUUGAAGUUUUCCUGCAAGAUUUUUGAAACUAGUUUGCAAUGGCCACUGGUCACCCAUUUGGUUUCAUGCCGGUGAGAAUAAAUUCAGUCUCUUGGUUUCUAGCCUGAUGUCUUAACCCAGGGGUAGUCAACCUUGGCUCUUUUAUGACUCGUGGACUUCAACUCCCAGAAUUCCUGAGCCAGCUAAGCUACCCCUGUCUUAACCAAUACACACUAUUAUAGAAUUCACUGUAUUGUUGCAAUAAAUAUUUAAAUUAGAGUGUCAUUCCAUAUCUUCAUCAUCGCCAAGUCCAUUCAGUGACAUACAUACUCAGAAAAGCAGCCAAGGAUGCAGACAUGCUGUAUCACUGCAUUAACCAAUGAUUAUAUUGCAGUAAAGGUUUUGAUUAUUUUGUCCAUAUUGAAAGAUGCAUGCCAAAAGAUUUUCUUGACAGGUUAACAAAAAUAAGCAUUUUUAUGUAAUCCUGUGAUACAGGGGAGAUCCUUCUAUUUCCAUAGAUUCUUUUAUGUGGAGAACAUUACAUGGUUCUUCAUGUGGGAUAAUAUGCAGAAGUAUCUAAAUCUAAGACAUUUUCUGGAUUGAAUUGCCCUUUUAAUUUGAUGAGACUAAUAACUUCCAUAGGCUGUUUGCUAUACUUGUAGACUAUGCUAUAUUUGCAUGUAAGGUUAUUAAGGAAAAUAAAAUCUCAGCAUGGGCUUGUUAACCUUAAGUGUUCCAUGUCUAAACUACAUCAACUAAAGAACUUAUUCCACUCUUCAAAAAUAUAAUCAAGGUAACUAUUGACUUGAUCUGCAUUGCAAAAUUGCAAACCAAGACUUUAUAUGGACUUUAUCCUGGACAGUAGAGCUAUGAGAAGCAUUCAAAACAGACUCUUUGCAACAUUUGAAUGUGCAAGCAAAGCACCCCUAUUCAAAUAAUUAAAGGAGAUUUGUCCUCUAGAAGGUUGGUCACAGCUGCAUUGAAGACUGUCCUUGACCGUUUGCAUGUACCUUCUAUAGAACUGCCAGUGAAUGGAAGUGACUGACAACUGGACAGACUUGAAAGCAGCUACACAAGCCUUACAAAAAAUGCAACUGCCUUAAUGCUUUGAGGAGAGAUGCAUCGUACAUGCUAGCAUAUUUUGCAGAGCACUAAUGCUUUGUACAACUACUGUAUACUAGGGAGAAUAAUUUAGUGAGAGAGAUAAUACACAAACAUACACAAGAGCAUUGCCCUCAUUAAAAUAAUUCUAAGGAAACUCUAGACUAUAAAAUUUAUCUAUAUCUCAUGCAUAUUAUAUGUAUGAAGGAAAUUCUAUACUUUUUUGGUCAUUGAUGAUUAUAGAUAUCAGACAAGGAGAAACUUGCACAUAGACUCUGUGGAAAGUAGAAUUGUCACAUUCUUUCAAAUUAUGCAAAACCUAGUCAUAAAAAGGACAAAUGUUGUUUAACUGAAUUAAUUUAGAUAAUAGUUCUAAUUAAAUAAAAUAAAUGUAAAACAAUUAGCACCAUUGUCCUAUGUAUUUAAACUUCCCAAUUAUGAAGGUAAUCUUUACCAGUAUCCUUAUAAUCUCUGAAGUCUCAUUUCUUCUCCUUAAUAAUGACCUGCCACAAUACUGGUCUCCAUGUGGGAGAGAUAAUGAGGGAAUUCAUGAACUUAACUCUUUCUUUUCUCCUUUACUAUAAUAGAUUUAGGUGAAAAUAUUUUCAACAACAGAAGACUGAGAAAUAUGGUUCAAUAUAUUUUUUUUUAGAAAAUGAAAAUGCUGGGAAGAGCAUUAUUUGAAAGUGUGCUGGAUGGAAUUGGUAUAGAAGGUAUGAUAGCUUUAUGGUACUUUGGUGUUUGUAACUACUUAUAUUGCCCACAAUAGCCAUCUUGAAAAGUUCCCUUGAACAGUAUUUUGCAAGACUUCCUGCAACAUGAUUAUGAAAGAUUGAAGAAUGCUGGUGUAGUGAUUGCAAUGUACUCCAUCCAGAAAUCAACUGACUCUAAUGCAUUUAGCAUUCUCAAGAUAAUUGAUUCAUAUACUGUUAGUGUAGGCAUCUGGACUGAUAGGUAAACCAGAGGAGGGCAAGUGACAGAGUAUGUAUUAUGUCAGCAUACAAACUCUGCCCGUAGAGUACUUACAUAUUACAUCACAAUGCAAAUAGAAAGAAUGGAACGUUCAAUAUGACAUCAUAGAACACAUUUCAUCACUUAAGUGUCACUAUGGUUAGGAUAUUAUAGGAUUCUAUGGCUAUUAGGACUUGGGAAGAAAAUCAUGCAGAGUUCAGUGGACUUAGGGACAAACUACAAAUUGUAUGGUGCUAAUAUAUUUCCUCUCCAUUCAAAUAUAUUCAGAGAAAGGAUUUCCCUUGUAAUGGCAACAGGACAAGGAAAGGUAAAUUCCUCUUUUCUGUUUAUCUUAUGAACCUAAAAAUCAGCAACUCACUCACCCAAUUCUGUUUGCAUUUUGAAAAAUCCAUACAGUAUUUAUAUGUAAAGCUACAUUUAGUAUCAGGGCUAAUUUGGCACUUGCUUCAAAGUACAGAAAUGAGAAUAAUGUUAGAAUACAAUUCUUCAAUUGCUCCUGUGCUCAAUAUGCCUUGCUGUCAUCAUGUAAGUAUAUGUGCAUAUAAUUAUGGCCUUAGAUUAGCUUAUGGCAGUAAUAUGAUCUGCAUCUUAUUGGAUCCUAGUAGUGUGAUAUUAAAAUGAGAACUUGUAUGUGAAGAGGUCAACAAUAAACAGCAGGCAUUUUUCUUCUGAUUCAUUGGAUACAGCUUGAAAACUUUAUUGUAUAGUCCUGUACUGGUUAAGGAGAUGUUUAGAUGUAGCUAUUCAACUAGGAAUGUAUGACUUUGGAGAAGUGGAGAUGGUAUUUGACCUUUGGUCAUUGUGUUUGGAGAUGCACUCUAAUAACAAGCAGAAGAUAAAUAAAAGCCAAAAUAAAAUUGACAUGGUGGUUUCUCACUAUGUACAUAAUAAUUUUUCCUAAAGCAUUACAUUAACAUUUCAAUUUGGCAAAAAAAACUUCAGGGUUGUAUGUGGCCUUAGGAGCUCAGAUUCCUCCAUUAAGUAAUAUGGAAACCUCACUAACCUACAAUUAAGGUGUGAUAAAAUUGCUUACAAUUUUAUUCAUAAAACAAGAACAAUCCCCCAGGCUAAAUUAUACAAGUUUUCUAUACAGCUGACCUCUUGCAAAGGUGUGAGAUACCAUAUUAUGCUAAUUUUCUUGUUACGUUCCUUUUGAACCUUGGUAAUUGUAGUUUUCUCUUGUACUCUGUAGCAGGAGUAAAUUCACAAAGCUAUAGUUGCAGUGUUCUUCAUAGCAAAUCUUAAAGAUAUCCCUAAAGGGUCUUAGGGCAUAAAUAUGCUUUAUUUAAGAACAAGCAGUACCAGUAGUCCUUGAUAAGUUGCUUAAUGACCAUUCAAAGUUACAAUGGGCUCAGAAAAAGUCAUUUGUGACCCAUUAUGACUACGACAUCACACCAUCACAUUAUCAUAUUUCAGGCACUUGGCAACUAGCUUGCAUUUACAACUGGUUAUAGCAUUCUGCAAUCACAUUAUCUUGUUUUGUGAUUAUUAUUUUUUUGCCAUUUUUUUAGCAAAAUAUGCCCAUUGGAUAAGCUGAAUUUAGACUUAUGACCACAUGAUUCAUUUAAUGACUGCAGUGACUUGCUUUACAACUGUCAUAAAAAUGGUUGUAAAUCAAAUCCAGUCACAUGGUGACUGAACUUACAACUGCAAUGACUUACAACCAGAAUUUAGGCUCAACUAUGAUUAUAAUUCAAGGACUACCUAUAUUUGGUAAAAGGAUUCUGGGCAGCCAUAUAGAAUUCUGCAAGACGCAGCAGUACGUAGCAGGCAAGUGAAAAAUUGGAAAGAAAUAUUGAUUGCCUCUCAUUGUAAGUGGAUAUAACUAAGAUAAGAAACAGCAUCAAGCAGUUUAAUAAUCAAUUAACAAAUGAUAUUGGCCAGAAAACAGCAGAUCUAGGAGAGCUCUGAUAUACUCAGAAAGUGGUAAAAAGAGAUUUCCCAGUCAAUGCAUAAUAUGAAAGAUAGUCCCUAUUUAGGUAUCUCAAAACUUUUUGGUAGCUUAGCAUAUAAGAUUGCAAUUUUAUUUUCAUUUGUAAGUAUUAAGUAUUGGGGAGAAUGGUACCAUAGUGAAUUAAAUAAGUUAAUUAGAUUUUGAUAGUUAUUUUAUCUGUAUAAUUUUUCUCAGCAACCAGGUGAUUCCUAUUUCUGCAUGCCUUUAUUCUGCUGAAAUAUUUGCCCAGGGAUAUCAUCUCUGACAUCUUCAUGGUGCUGUUGCAUUUUGUGGCUGAUGGUGCAAAUCUUGAAAGUAUAAUUUAAAAUAUAAUAUUUAUAUUAUGCUCGUGUUAUGUUGAAUAGAAUUCUGCUAUUUGUCUUGUGUUUACUAAACUGAAUAAGGUCUAACAUUAACAUUUUAUAUUUUAUCUAUGUAACAAAUAAUGUGAGCUUUGUAAAUAAAAUUCAGCCAAAGUUCCAAUUUACUCUUGUUACCUAAUAAUUGAUUUCAGACUUGCAUGUAAAAUUUAUUUUGUUAAUUUAAAUAAAA